AUUGAAAUUGUGUAUGUUUAAUUUAAUUUAAUUUUUCCAUCUUCAUAUUUGCACCGUUCCAAGAAUGGGGACCCUGCUCCAGACUGUUCUAGGGGAUCUUCCGUUGAGUUUAUUCGCUAUUUACCUCUUCGGUAUUCUCUACCAUUUCAAGAACAUAGAAAAAUAGGCUCCUUGAUGCCAAGUGGUAGGCAAUUCGUUUGACCUUGUCUCCGACGCUCUUUCUCCGCUCAAAUAGAUCGGUUAACGUCGUUUUCCCAUCGUGGAACGCAAGCUGAGGUUACGACCGCAAAGAUCGUGAUAGCAAAACGAGUUGACUUAACCAACGUUACAUACUGUCACACAACGUUGCAAAGAACCAUCAGGGUGAGAAGAUGCCGGCGAUACUGAUUGGACCGCCUCAACGUAACGAACAAAUGUGGCAAGCGUUAAAAUCGCAUAUUACGAGAGAACGGCAACGAAAGAAACAAGAACAGGAGGCAGAUGCAGAGGAAGAACGUUUGCGCAAGGAAAGAGAACGUCAACAGAAGCAAGAUGUGAUGACCCUAGGUGAAACUCGAGAACAAAUCUCAAACUUGCAGAAUGAACUUGAAGAACUAAAGGAAGAGAAGCAUCAGUUGUUUCUACAAUUAAAAAAAGUCCUUCUAAAUGAAGAUGAAUAUAGAAGACGACAGCUUGUAAAAGAAACCAGCAUCUGUUCGGAAGUUUUGACAACGGUGGGAGGAUAUCAGACAGCAGGUCCAAGAGUAGUACAUCCCCAACUAUUUUUGCCAUUACCACGCAGCAAUAGCCCUCUCUACAAGGUUGCAGUCAGCGCACCAACACAUCUGCUUCCGAGUGGAUCUUUAAAAAGGCCGCACAGCCCGUCACCGCCACCUGCCGCCUCACCGUAUCAUAGUGCGUACGGUUACAAACCACCACCAUCCAUUCCAAAUUACAACCCUCCACCUCCUAAAUCCGAGGACGCCGCUAGGAGAUCUGGCGACUCUCGAGCUGUCCUCUGGAACAAAAGCAAUCAGUACUCCGCAUCGAACUUUUACUCGGCGCCCACGGGCCAGAGCGUUUACAGCUAUUCCGCGCCUGCGACCCAACCGUCCCGAGAAUCCUCGGAGCCGACUAAGCCGGUUUACCUUUCUGGAGGUAGAGCGCCGUUAGCAACGCAUCAGACUGCAUAUAUGACUAAUUUACACUCGAUGGAGCACAAAGGAGCCUACGGCGAGGACAAAUUUUACCUACGGCCGACAAAUCACGUCACUGUUCAUGGUGGUGCUAUUCCGAUCCAACAACCGCCUCAGGGUGCGAAAACUGGUGGGAUCACCUCGGGUUAUCCCGUACGAACGCCUCAACCACCGCCUGGUCCUUACCCGCCACCACCUCCUGGUACCUACGUCAGCGGCUCAGGCGCCAACGUAACUGGUAGACUUCUGUACACGCAACCAGGUACUCGGUAUCUUCAACGGGAAGUAUAAAGUCACGUUCUUCUCUUCGACUUCAGGAAUUGGAUCUGCACUCUGACAGUUUGUUGUUUUGUAUAGUACAACAUCGUUACGGUUCAUUUGGGGAAGCCCUCCGAUAGUUCACGCUAUAUUUUUUAUGCUAUAGCAUAAUCAGUAAAUCAGGAUUAAUUUGUUUAAUGUGAGCAUAGAUAAGAAAAAGAAUCAUCGCUGUCACGUAUAUGCGCCGUUAGUUUCCUGGGAAAGAUCGGUGUGUCAUGCAUGUGUGACGCUGGCAGCGAAUGCGAUAAAAACUAAUCUUGAAUAUAUUUAUUUAUAUAUGAAUAUUUAUUCCCAUAUAAAAAAUUCGUGCUCAAUUACUAAGUGAAAGAAAAAGUAUAAAAAAAAAUUAUUCCUCUUCUCGUUUAACAACGCUCUCUCUUCAUUGCGUCCAGUGACCUUUGACUAAUUGCUAACAUAAUGAUUUAUUUAUAGACGAAGCUUUCGCUUAUUACGUAUUUACGUAAUAAUUUUGUCAUAUUAUCACAUAUUUCCGAAGCGCUACAUAGAUUAAAUCAAUAUUUUAGUUUCAGCUGAAGUUUAAAGUACUUCUUAUAUUUGUAUACGCGAAUGUCAGUAAUAAAAAAAACAACAUUAAAUGAAAAAGGAUAAAAA